UGCCACGAACUAAUUCACCACCGGUUUCUCCGCCCGGUGAUUCUAUUUCCUCUCUUCGCCGACGAUCAGAAAUCGAAAUCUGUCUCCGGCCGUCGGGAGCUGGACACUCCGGCGCAUUUCCUGUUGGAUCAGCCGACUUCGACAUGAAUCCCGAAUAUGACUACUUGUUCAAACUUUUGCUGAUUGGAGAUUCGGGUGUCGGGAAGUCUUGCCUUCUUCUUAGAUUUGCUGACGAUUCUUAUUUGGACAGCUACAUUAGCACAAUUGGUGUUGACUUUAAAAUUCGCACUGUGGAGCAAGAUGGGAAGACAAUUAAACUUCAAAUUUGGGACACAGCUGGACAAGAACGCUUUAGGACAAUUACCAGUAGUUACUACCGAGGAGCACAUGGCAUCAUUAUAGUAUAUGACAUAACUGAUCAAGAAAGCUUCAAUAAUGUUAAGCAAUGGUUGAAUGAAAUUAAUCGCUACGCAAGUGAUAAUGUGAACAAGCUUCUGGUUGGAAAUAAGUCUGACCUGACUGAAAACCGGGCUGUAUCAUAUGAUACUGCUAAGGCAUUUGCUGAUGAAAUUGGCAUUCCUUUCAUGGAGACUAGUGCAAAGGGAUCCUAUAAUGUUGAACAAGCCUUCAUGGCAAUGUCGGCCAAUAUAAAGAAGAGGAUGGCAAACCAACCGGCCGGGAGCAAUGCCAGGCCACCCAGUGUGAAGCUUUCAUCAGGGCAGCCCGUUAACCAGAAUAGUGGCUGCUGCUCAACCUAGGCGCUAUCAUGCUUUGGCCCCACACUGAUCGUACCCGUUUCAAAAGGGCACUCUUGAAUUUGCAGAGUGAUACACAUCCAGUGCGAGGUUGAGUUUAUCGCGUAUAAAUAUUGCAUCAGAAGAAAGUCAUUAGACUUUUUUUUACCCAGUAAAGCUUAUAACUUUAUUGUUUGCUGUUAGUGAUUGGUAUGUCUGGGAUAACCACAGAACCUUGAAAGUUUCAGGCAUUGUGAAGAAAUUUCAUUUUAGCACUUGUUUGGCAUUGUGAUAGGGGCAAACUCAUGUUUUGGAUAUAACAUAUUUCAUAUGAAUUGAAAUGUGUUAUAUCCCAAUAUUAAAGUCUCACUUUCCUUAUUUGUACUAAUAUUAUUUCUCACACCAUGAAUUUUGUUAGAAUAGUUCGGGUAAAAUUGUCACAACGUUCUUUCUUUAGGUUGGAUUUGAGUCAUUAAAAAGCGGGUUUUCUC